AUGGAUAUGCAGUCAAUGCAAAACUCUACCUGGUGGAACGAUCCUACCAUCAACGAAAUAAUCCAAGGACCGCAUCAAGAGCCAUGGAGUACGUUUGCUGGGCAGCGACAGCCGCGCACCAGCGCCCAGACCCCAUGGAAUCUUCUCAUGAACUACCGGGAGCCCAACAACAUUCUCUCAGAGGAUGGUACGAUUCCCGAGUCAACACCGGGAGACCCUCACUUCCACUAUGACCACGACAUGGUUUCCCUCACCGGCGCCGCGCACGAAGCUGUGGGUGCCACCCAGGUACAGCAGAUGCUCGGCGGUAUUCAGAUUGGCAACCCAGGACCACAUAUGCCGUCUAUGCGCGAUAAUGCAACAGAUGCUGCCAGUACCUUUUCAACGAACACGGCCGGGACCGGUUUUCGCGGCCCGUUUAAAUGCAACCAGUGCGACAGAAUAUGCAAAAGCCAAUCCAGUCUCAAAAAGCACAAGAUGACACAUUCACGCCCACAUCUCUGCAACAUAAUUGGCUACCUCGAGUAUCGUGUCGAACUAGAUCCCCGUGCCGAAAGUAUCGACCCCUCGGAGGAUGCAGCACCUCCCGAGGACCUCACCUCUCCAAGCAUGGAUGUACCACCGGCUGGCGCAUCCAACCACGUCGCUGAGUCGACAACGCUGAUGGACGUAGAUACGUCGCAGUACCAAAGUCAGCAAGAGCCGAGUACAAUCAUAUCGCACCCGCCAUAUUUCGACCCGUUCGACGCAAAUUCUCAUACAGAUUCGCAAUACCCCUCGUUUCAAAACCUCGGCAGGCAAGCUGACAUGAGCUUUAGCGCGGAGAGCGCACCCUCGCUGCAAGGACACCAUACACCAGGUUUUGCCUGCCAGUCGUUCACGACACAGCCGGUGCCGGCUACUGAUGAGGACAUUUUUGGUCCAUCAAUGGUCAACAAUCCUGGCUUCCAGACUGCGACACAACAGAGGCCACCAAGCCAGGCCGCGAGUGCCGUGGACAACAGCAGCGUGUUUAGCGUCCCUCGAGGGAGCUUCACCGUCGCAAGUUCCCAGGCCCCUGGUGAUUCAGUUUGUCAUGACAAUCUGGUCAAAGAUGGCUGGACCCAUUUCCAGCUUGUAGCUCAUCUCGGGACGUUUCCGGCAGAGCUUCUAGAGCAGGCCCUCGAAUCAAAAAAACACAGUUCUUGCAAUUCCAACGAGCCAGAAGAAAUUGCCGGUUUCAAAUCCCGCUAUCCGUGCAGCCAGUGCGAAAAGGUCUGCAAUCGAGCUUGUGAGCUUAAGAAGCACAUGAAGAGGCAUGACCGUCCUUACGGCUGCACGGCAAAGGAUUGCGAUAAGAGCUUCGGGAGCAAAAACGACUGGAAGCGACACGAAGUGACGCAGCAUCCAGGCGUGGAGGCCUGGGCGUGUGAUGAAGACGGCUGCAUUGCCAUAUGUGAGGAUCGCUUCACAUUUAUGCACCAUCUCAAGGAAGCACACGACAUGGUCCACAGUGAAGACCUGGAGUCGCGGGCACAGAACUGUCGGAUCGGAACGAAAAGCGAUGCCAGAUUCUGGUGCGGUUUCUGCCGGCGGGUUAUCGAAGUUGAUGAUGUGAUGAAUCGGGGGGACAGCAGCAGCAGCAGCAGCAGUCACUGGAAUCGCCGUUUCGAUCACAUUGACAACCACUUGUUUGGCAAGUGCGGCUUGGAGGAGAUGAGCAAGAGCCAGUGGCGAUGUCUGGAAGACGAGGCAAAGGGUAAUACUGAGCGACGAAUGAGCCGGAUGAGCGCCACUGCCAGCAGCAUGUCGAUUCUCGCCCUCGAAAACGGGCUGACGGACAAUGGGCCGCAGGAAGUCGUUGAGUCCACACAUGCGGCGGACCAUUGA